CUGUGCGCUCCCGCCUUUCUUUCAGUUGUCCAAACAGUCGCACACUGGAUUAUGCCGCGAUUACACCCGAGAUACGAGAUUGAUUUUCAAUGAGGCUCUGUCUUGGCGGGACGAUUAUACAGGAUUUACGGAAUUUCUUCUUAAGAUUUCUUAUCGUCAUGUUGCCGGUGCUGACGUUUUGCUCGUUAGUUAUAGCGUUGGCAUCUUCCAAACCAAUAGAUGAAGAUAUGUUACUUUUUUGGAGAAGAUCCAACACAGAAUCCUGCACCCCGUUCACGACGUUCGAGGUAGAUUGCAACAAGUGCGUGUGCGCCGCCGACGGGGUGCCAUUCUGCACGAGGAUGCUGUGCGUCAAGCCCGAAGAUAAAUUACAACAAAAAGAAUACAGCGAUGAAAUAGAUUAGUGUGAGAUUGAUGACGCAUAAAUUUAAUAAUAAACUGCAUUUAUUUAUGAGUAUUUAGUACUUU